AUGGCUAACUUUUUCUUGUGUUCCUCAUCUCAAGGUGUUCAAAAUUCAUGCUUCAUUCUCUUAGUCUUUUCAUCUUUACUCUUGUUGCCCUUUUCUAAAUCAGUCUACUUCGAGUUCACCGAGUUUCCUGACGACCAAACUAGUGUACUAUGUUCAAGUGAUGCCAAAACUUCUCGUGGAAACAUCCAGUUCAACAAAGUCAAUAACAGCCUCUAUCGUGUUGGCCAUGUGAAAUACCCAAAUGCAGUCCAAAUAUGGGACAGCAAAUCCGAGAAGCUCACAGAUUUCAUCACUCACUUCACUUUCAUCAUUGAGACGCAACCUCCAAAAGACUCUGGCCAUGGUUUCACUUUCUUUCUUGCCCCAGUUGGCUUCCAAAUCCCACCUAACUCAGAUGGGAUCCUCCAUUCGAACAUGUGGGUAUCAACAAGAACUGGCUUGGUUCUGUUGCUUUCAGUCCUUGGAAUUCCAGUUUGCACAGCGCGCGGGGAUUCUGCUGAUGCUUGGGUUUCUUACAAUGCUACCACACAGAUGCUGACUCUCUCUUGGCUUUAUGGGAAGUUCAUAUCAACCUUGAAUACGAGUCUUUCAUAUCAAGUUGACUUAAGGGAAGUUCUUCCUGAGUGGGUAACAAUUGGAUUUUCAGCUGCCACAGGUAGAGCAAUGGAGAGACAUAUCCUUCAAUACUGGGAGUUCAAUUCAAGUUUGAAUAUAGUUGAUAACAAAGAAGAUACGUCAAAGAAAAUGAAACUAGCAAUAGGGUUAGCAGUUCCUUUGAGUGCUGUAGCUGUAGGAGGACCCAAACGAUUUUCAUUCAAAGAUCUUAUUCUAGCUACCAACAACUUCUCCGAUGACCAGAAGUUAGGCGAGGGAGGAUUCGGAUGUGUCUACAAGGGCUACUUAUCACGUGAAGGCAUGGUAGUUGCUGUCAAGAAAAUAUCACAGGGUUCAAGACAGGGAAAGAAGGAGUACAUGACCGAAGUGAAAAUCAUUAGCAGUUUAAGGCACCGAAACCUUGUUCGACUCAUCGGUUGGUGCCAUGAUCAAACUCAAUUCUUGCUUGUGUACGAGUUUUUGCCAAAUGGAAGCCUUGACUCUCAUCUUUUCUUCAAAAAGAGCACCCUCCCAUGGACAAUAAGGUACAAGAUCGCUGUAGGUUUAGCUUCUGCAUUGUUAUAUCUCCAUGAAGAAUGUGAACGUUGUGUAGUGCGUCGAGAUAUCAAAUCUAGCCACAUCAUGCUUGAUUCAGGAUUUAAUGUGAAGCUCGGAGACUUCGGAUUGGCUAGACAUAUGGACCAUGAACAUGGUCUACAAACAACCGCUUUAGCCGGAACUCUCGGUUACAUUUGCCCUGAUUACGUAACAACAGGGAAGGCUAGUAAAGAGUCAGAUGUGUACAGUUUUGGGGUGGUUGCAUUAGAGAUAGCUUGUGGGCGAAAGGCAACCGAUAAAGCUGACCAAAGUUCUUAUCUAGGACUGGUGCAGUGGGUCUGGGGGUUACUCGAAAAAGGUGAACUGCUUUCAUACGUUGACACGACGUUGAACAAGGAACUUGAUAUGACAGAAGUUGAGCGUUUGAUGAUGGUGGGGUUAUGGUGUUCACAUCCUGACCGUAGUAUGCGACCAUCGAUAAGACAAGCAAUUCACGUACUCAAGUUCGAGGCAACAGUCCCAAAACUUCCUUUAAAGAUGUCGAUACCCUUGUACUACGCCGCAGCAGAUGCAACUGAAGUCAGUUCUUGUGGCGCUACUAUGUCUACCACUAGCAUUGAUCUUGUUCGUUGA